UAAUUUCUUUGUUUUGGUCACACUUGUUUGUUUGAGGAACAAUUUAGCGUUUUGUUUUCAUUUAUAUAUUAACUCAAAUAAGAACUAUCUAAGUAGGCGAGUUUUCAGAGAUUUCUCCAUGCCUUUGCAUUGGUCAAAGCGAUUUAAAACAGAUCACAGUAAUUGACACCGAUAAGGUCUUAGUUAUAGUACCGGAUUGAGGAGCCAAUUCUAGCAUCUUUUAACACCGAUUCCCGGUGUUCAUCUUGUUUGGCGUUAUGGAUAUACAACAACUGGAGGUGCUCUGCAAGCAACUUUACGAGGCCACGGACAUCAGCGUUCGUGCGGAAGCGGAGGAGGCCCUCGUCACAUUCGUCAACAGCCAGGAUGCGUUGCCAAAAUGCCAGCUGCUAUUGGACCGGGCCGAUUCCAGCUACGCCCAACUCCUGGCCGCAUCCACGCUGACCAAGCUCAUCCAGGGACUCAGUCUGGAGCAGCGCAUCGACAUUCGCAGCUAUGCCCUGAACUACCUGGCCACCAGACCCAAUUUGCAGCACUUUGUGGUGCAGGCUUUGGUUACACUGCUGGCGAAGAUCACGAAGUUCGGAUGGUUCGAUGCCUACAAGGGCGAAAUGGUCUUUCAAAACAUCCUGGAGGAUGUCAAAAAGUUCUUGCAGGGUUCCGUCGAGCAUUGCACAAUUGGCGUCCAAAUUCUAUCGCAAUUGGUUUGUGAAAUGAACUCAAUCGUGGAACUGGACGUGCACCUGUCCUUCUCCAAAAAUCGGAAAAUAGCCACUUCCUAUCGGGACCAGCAGCUAUAUGACACCUUUCUGUUGUCCUGCUCACUAUUGAUCACAGCCCGUGAAAAUAGCAAAACCAUUAAUUUUAUGGAUGAAUCGCAGCAAGCGUUAAUAUCACAUGUAUUGCGUCUAACGAAAAAUUGUCUGAGCUUUGACUUCAUUGGCAGUUCCACCGACGAAUCUGCAGAUGAUAUGAACAAUGUUCAGAUACCCACAGCUUGGCGUCCUGCAUUCUUAGAUUCGAACACACUUAAACUUUUUUUUGAUUUAUACCAAAUUUUGCCCAAUGGUUUAGCUAGCUACUCCAUAUCCUGCCUGGUACAAAUGACAUCUGUGCGUCGGUCUCUUUUUAGUAAUUCCGAGAGAACGAAAUUUCUAACUCAUUUGGUUGAAGGAGUCAGAGAUAUAUUGACAAGUUUGCACGGCUUGGGUAAUCCGGAUAACUAUCACGAGUUCUGCCGCUUGCUGGCUCGCCUUAAGUCCAAUUAUCAAUUAGGUGAACUCAUAGCGGUCCCAUGUUAUCCAGAAGCAAUCGAACUUAUAGCUAAGUUUACCGUGCAAUCCCUGCAUUUGUGGCUUUUUGCACCGAAUAGUGUACAUUAUUUACUUACGCUGUGGCAACGUAUGGUGGCCUCGGUGCCGUAUGUUAAAUCGCCGGAUCCGCACUUUCUGGGCACAUACACACCGGAAGUUAUCAAGGCGUACAUUGAUUCGCGACUCGAUGCUGUCCCCUUGAUUGUCCGAGACAAUUUGGAGGAUCCACUAGACGAUCUGUGUAUGGUGCAGCAGCAGCUGGAGCAAUUGUCGGUUAUCGAAAGGUGCGAGUAUAACAAGACGUGUAGUCUUCUGGUCCAGCACUUUGAUCAGAAGGCCCGUGAGUAUGAGAACCUUUUGCAGACGCCCAACGCCAACCCCAUAGACAUCACCAUACACGAGCUGCAACUAACGUGGCUGGUGUACAUUAUCGGGUCGGCCAUAGUGGGCCGUCUAUCCGUCACGAGUGACGAGCACGACACCAUGGACGCAGAGCUCGUGAUCAGGGUCUUGCAACUGAUGAGUCUAACAGACGCUCGAUUGCCCCAGGCUGGCUGCGAAAAGCUGGAGCUGGCAAUACUCAGCUUUUUGGAUCAGGUGCGAAAAAUGCAUAGCAGUGAGCAGGCCCAAAAAGCAAAUGUAUACAAGAGACUUAGUGAAGUAUUUGGACUGAGUGACGAGCAGAUGCUCUUAAGUUUUAUAAAUCGUAAAAUUAUAACAAAUUUAAAGUUUUGGGGACGUUCUGAACCGAUUAUUACCAAAACCCUGAUGCUACUAUCCGAUCUCUCUGUGCACUUCAACUCCGUGCGUAAACUUGCACGGCUGGAGGAAGUUCAAUUUAUGCUUACACAUCACACAAGCGAACAUUUUCCAUUCCUAGGAACCAAUUCCACAUUGAGUGAAAUGAGAUGCCGCACCAUGUUUUACACAUCCUUGGGGCGAUUGUUAAUGUUUGAUUUGGGCGAAGAUGAGGAAAGAUUCUAUAGUUUUUUGGAACCUCUAACAAAUCAAUUCGAAUCCCUUGGUUCUGUGCUAAUGGACACGAAUAUAUUUCCUAGUGAUGAGGCUAAAAAGGCCACUAUUGGCUUGGCUCGUGACCUUCGUGGCUUGGCUCUGCCGCUCAAUGCUUGCAUUCAAUAUACGAUGCUCUUUGAAUGGCUUUACUAUGCGGACUAUUUGCCCAUACUUUUGCGUGCGAUGGAACUAUGGGCUCACGAUCCUGCCGUCACAACACCAGUGCUGAAAUUGUUUGCCGAGUUGGUACACUGCCGCACCCAAAGGCUGGCAGGCAAUGUGUCGAGCCCAAUGGGCAUUCUGUUAUUUCGUGAGGCUUCAAAACUUAUCUGUAUAUACGGCAAUCGUAUUCUGCAUCUGGAUGUUCCGCGUGAACAAUUAUAUCCAAUGAGACUUAAAGGAAUUGCCAUAUGCUUCUUAAUCUUAAAAAAUUCUCUAGGCGGAAACUAUGUUAAUUGUGGUGUAUUCAAACUGUACGGAGACAAUACAUUAGACAAUGUUCUGAAUAUUAUCGCAAAGUUAAUUCUUUCUAUACAGCAGAGCGAUUUGCUGGAAUACCCAAAACUAUCAUCGGCGUACUACAGUUUACUAAAUUGUCUUUCGCAAGACCAUGUUUCUUACUUGGCCGCUUUGGAGCCGGCUGCAUUCGUUUACAUAUUGAAAAGUCUUACUAAAGGACUUGCAGCGUUAGACUCGGCCAUUUAUAUUAGCUGCUGCACAAUUUUAGACAGUAUUGUUUCUUACAUCUUUAAACAGCUACAGAUGAAAGUUUCCACAUUUCCAAACAAAAAGCUUCGGAGCUUGAAUCAAGAAAAUGCGCAAUUCUUAAAGGUUGUUGAAAUUAACUCUGAAUUGCUACAGAGUAUGAUGUCCUCGUUGUUGAACAACGUUUUGGCUGAGGAUGGUCGAAAUCAGUGGUCUAUGUCACGCCCAUUGCUGGUUCUUAUUUUACUUUAUGAGGACUACUAUCGCUCUCUAAAGGACAGAAUUAUCUGUGCGCAACCAAUUGAAAAACAACAGACGAUGGCUCAGUGGUUUGACGAACUUAUGGUGGGAAUCGAGCGAAAUGUGUCCAGUAAAAACAAAGAAAAAUUUACUCAAAAUUUGUCAACAUUUCGGCGUGAUGUGGUUAGCUUACCAAAGUCAACUGGAAAUUUAACAGUUCAAGGGUAUUCUAGAUUCGUGCAAAGUGAUAUAUAAGUCGGAACAGACGAGAUCAGACGACUAUAUAUAGCAACGAUCGGACAAUGUAUAGGAAAUCUGGCCUAUCUGGUAUAGCUUCCUAGUAUUUCAAUAUAAAUGAAAAUACGAUUUCUACAAAA